GGCCGCGCGCCCACUCGCCCACACAGUCUGUCGCAGCAGGCUACCUCUCGGCGGCUCUCUCGGCCCGCUCGGCCCGGCCCGCAGGUAGGAGCCGCGGGGCGAUCGGCUCCGGGCCCCACCUACGCCCGCGCGCGCCUGGCUCCUGCCCCCGCUUCGAGGGCUUACUCAGCAUCACCACCAUGAGCGAGGCAUUUGACUGUGCAAAAUGCAGUGAGUCCUUGUACGGCCGCAAGUACAUCCAGACAGACAGUGGCCCCUACUGCGUUCCCUGCUAUGACAACACCUUCGCCAACACCUGUGCAGAGUGCCAGCAGCUGAUCGGGCAUGAUUCAAGGGAACUGUUCUAUGAGGAUCGCCACUUCCAUGAGGGCUGCUUCCGGUGCUGCCGCUGCCAGCGCUCCCUGGCUGAUGAGCCCUUCACCUGCCAGGACAGUGAGCUUCUCUGUAACGACUGCUACUGCACAGCCUUCUCUUCACAGUGCUCAGCCUGUGGGGAGACUGUCAUGCCCGGGUCCCGGAAGCUGGAGUAUGGAGGCCAGACGUGGCAUGAACAUUGCUUCUUAUGCAGUGGCUGUGAGCAGCCUCUAGGCUCCCGCUCCUUCGUGCCUGACAAGGGCGCUCACUACUGCGUGCCUUGCUAUGAGAACAAGUUCGCUCCCCGGUGUGCCCGCUGCAGCAAGACGCUGACCCAGGGUGGAGUGACAUAUCGAGAUCAACCCUGGCAUCGAGAGUGCCUGGUCUGCACUGGGUGCCAGACCCCCCUGGCAGGACAGCAGUUCACAUCUCGGGACGAUGAUCCCUACUGCGUGGCCUGUUUUGGAGAACUCUUUGCACCCAAGUGCAGCAGCUGCAAGCGCCCUAUCACAGGUGGGAGCAGUGGCGAGGCCGCAGGACCCGGUGGAGGCAAGUAUGUGUCCUUCGAAGACCGACACUGGCACCACAGCUGCUUCUCCUGCGCCCGCUGCUCCACCUCCCUGGUGGGCCAAGGCUUCGUACCAGACGGAGACCAAGUUCUGUGCCAGGGCUGCAGCCAAGCAGGGCCCUGAGCCAAGGCUCCUGACUCUUCCCCUUUCCCAAGCCAAGGGUUCAAGACUAUGGCGCCUUUUCUGAACCACUUUUGGAACCCAGCCCCUCCUUAGAAUGGGCCUCCACCUGCCCCUGUGCAGUGUGGAGGCUUCAGGGUUCAGUCUCCUAAGUCCAGCAUACCCAACUGGCACUCUCUGACCGAGGCCCCAAACCUGGGCUCUUGUGGGACACCCAUGAACUUCAGUUCUCCAAGUCUGGACUCCAGAAAUGAGUCUUCCCCUCUAUACUUUUUUGGGUUCCCAGAUCUAGCUUCUUCCCUAGAUCAAGGCUCUAGACACCCCAGGCCCCCACCCACCCAAACCUGAACUCUGGGACCUAGGCCUCCUUAAAUCUAGACUUACUAUGGGUGCCUGAGAAAUCCUAAGAGAUAGAUUGUACCCCAGUUUGACCUCACCCCCAUCCCACCCGACUCCAGGCUGCAGCUGUCUGGAUAGCAGAUUAGGGGCUCCCUGGUUGGAGGGUCAUAAGGUACAGGUUGCUGUCCAUCUGUGAGUACCAUUUCAUUUCAACUCCAUGUUGCCCAGAGAUAGGCAGGAGGGGGGUGGCUUACCCCACUUCCAGAUUCUGCAAUAAAACAGUGUGAGGGA